UAAUAGUAAGGAAUGCCCAGCAUCUUUUGGAUGUGAUCUUUGUCGCAACAAAAGUCCCAAGUCUUUUUUGUCUGCGUUCCUUGGGAAGCCUCAAAAGUCCAAAGGCAAGCCAAUCAGAGAGCUCAUCUAGCUCCAAAAUGGGAUGUGGCUCACAAUUCUUAUGAAUAUGCUUUCUGUAGCUCUCAUUUGUAUUCUUUUCUUAAAUUCUUGUUUGUUGCUCCUUCCCCUUCUUUCUGUAUUGCUUAGAAAAAAAAGGGACCAAGUUUUCUUCUAGCAUUUUUCUGUAAUUAUUAACUGCGUUACAGCAAGUUAUACAGAGGGAUAUAUGAGUAGCAUGUCGAGGAAGCCAUGGCUCUUAUUUGCUCUGCUUCUAAUCAUGUCUUAUUACAGAGCAUGCUUCUCCAUAGUUGGUGAUACACUUUCACCAGGUCACUCUCUUUCUCAUUCAAAGAGAGAGACAAUAGUAUCUAAAGGUAGCAAAUUUGAGCUGGGUUUCUUCAAACCAGGCACUUCAUCAAAAAUCUACCUGGGCAUAUGGUAUAAAAGGUUUCAUGAGGAAAUUGUUUGGGUAGCAAACAGAGAAAACUCUUUGUCUGACCCAUCUUCCUCAAGACUUUACCUUUCAGAAAAUGGCAAUCUACUUCUUUUUGAAGGUUCCUCCGAGAUCCCAGUUUGGUCAACAAAUUUCACAUUUCCCCAGUCAAAUAUAACUGAAGCAGUACUUGGUGAUGAUGGAAAUUUUGUUUUGAGAGGUAGAUCGAACACGUCUUCUAUAUUUUGGGAGAGUUUCGACCAUCCAACCGAUACAUUGCUGCCAGGUGCGAAGCUUGGGAUCAAGAAGGUCAUUUCUUGGAAAAAUUCAGAAGAUCCAGCACCUGGUGUGUUCUCCUUGGGGUUAAACCCAAAUGGAAGCAGUCAGUUUUUCUUAGAGUGGAACAGAUCCCAAAUCUAUUGGAGUUCGGAAAUUUGGGAUGGAAUGUCUCCCAGCAAAUUUUCUGAAACGAGCCCUCUAUUCAACUACACUUUUGUGUCAAGUAAAAAUGAAAGUGAGAGAUAUUUUUCUUACUCUCUUCGUAAUCCUUCUUCUACCUUUGCUAGAUAUCGAAUUUACCAAACAGGACAGGCUAGGUCACUGGUGUGGCUGUCUGGCGUUUCCAUUUGGAGUAUAUUUGCGUCUGCACCGACGAACCUAUCUGAUGUCUAUGCUGUGUGUGGUGCAUUUGGCGUGGUACAAUACCCUGACAAUUUCUCAAACCCUUGUGAGUGUCUAAAAGGUUUCAAACCAUUUUCGAUGGAAGAGACCAGACUAAAUGAUUGGUCAGGCGGCUGUGUGAGGAAAUCUCCUUUGCAAUGUGAGAAUAAUACGUAUGCUAAUGGCAAAAAAGAUUGGUUCAUGAAAAUAUCAAUCAUGCGAUUGCCUGUUUAUUCGAAAGCAUAUUUGGCCGAGAAUGCUAGCAGAUGUGAAUUGGGUUGCAUGAAAAAUUGUUCUUGCGCAGCUUAUGCUUAUAAUAGGAGUGGGUGUAUGAUUUGGGAAGGACCUCUUUUAAACUUACUGCAACUCCCAAAUGGUGGCAAGAUUGGACAAGAUAUCUAUCUCAGAGUUUCUGCUCAUGAGUAUCCAGAUCAACAUACCAAAGAAUCAGGCCAAAAAUGGAGAGUGUGGGUAGCUGUGCUGAUCCCUGCAGCAGGGCUUAUCUUAUGCCUCUCAAUUUUCUUUUCAUGCAAACACAAAGGACAGAGCCCUUCAAGUAAUAAUCUACUAUUAUUUGAUUUUGAUACUGAACUCCAUGCAAUCAAUGAUGGAAUGAACACCAAAAAUCAUAUGAAGAAACGAGAGAAGAAGGUUGCUGAGUUACCACUAUUCAGUUAUAAGAGUGUAUUAGCUGCAACAAAUAAUUUCUCAGCUAUGAAUAAACUUGGAGAAGGAGGUUUUGGACCUGUCUACAAGGGAAAAUUACUUAGAGGACAAGAAAUUGCAGUGAAGAUGCUUUCAAAAAGAUCUGGACAGGGAAUUGAGGAGUUCAGAAAUGAGACAAUACUAAUUGCAAAACUCCAGCAUAAAAAUCUUGUUAGAAUCUUGGGUUGUUGUAUCGAGCGAGAUGAAAAGAUAUUAAUAUAUGAGUACAUGCCCAAUAAAAGUUUGGACUACUACCUUUUUAAUCCAACCAAGAAAGAAAUGUUAGGUUGGGAGGCACGCAUACGCAUUAUUGAAGGGAUCGCUCAAGGGCUUCUUUAUCUUCAUCAAUAUUCAAGGUUACGAAUCAUACAUAGAGAUCUAAAACCAAGUAACAUUCUCCUGGAUGGUGAAAUGAAUCCAAAAAUAUCAGAUUUUGGCUUGGCUCGAAUAGUUGGAGGCAAUGAAACACAGGCAAACACAAACCGAGUUGUUGGAACUUAUGGCUAUAUGUCUCCCGAAUAUGCAAUGGAUGGUUUGUACUCAAUAAAGUCUGAUGUGUUUAGCUUUGGAGUAUUGGUGUUAGAGAUUGUGAGCGGCAGGAAGAACACUAGCUUCUAUAACAACGAGUUACUCAAUCUUCUUAGAUAUGCUUGGGAGUUGUGGAGAGAUGAUCGAAGUUUGGACUUGAUGGAACCAACAAUAGGAUAUGCUUCUUUCACUUCUAUUCUGUUGAGGUUCAUUAACAUUGGCCUUCUUUGUGUCCAAGAAAGCCCAACUGAUCGACCUACCAUGUCUGAUGUAAUCUCAAUGAUUAGCAAUGAACAUGCACCUCUACCUACACCUAAGCGACCAGCGAUUUUCACAGGAAGAAAUAUAAUGGACACAAAUUCAAUAGUUGACAGUACAGGAAAUUGCUCCAAAAAUAGUGUAACUAUUUCAGCAAUGGAAGCCCGAUGAUUGAUUCCUAUGUGAGAGAAAAGAAAUGUUGGAGAAGCAAUCUUUUCAUCCUAAUUUGUAUGCAUGUUGAUAUGCUACAUAAUUGUCACUAAAUGUUGUCUUAGUUCACUCAUUUUAGUUUU